UCAAUGCAGUUACGCAGUACCCGAUGGUGGCGAUGUUAAAUUCGAGUUUCUCUCUCGCAGACUAAUCGUUGUCCCCACUGUGCGCGGUGGAAUGCUUCCCACGAAGACCCGACAGUUUUUCUCUCCGACCAUCCUGUUCGCUCUCAAGUCGUCCUUGAAUCGGCGUAUUUUGCCAGGGUUUGGGGCGCUUCAAGAUGGCGGACUGUUGUUGGAAACUCUAUUGUCCAACUCAUGCACUGUUCGUUUACUAUCGACCACUGGUGUCUCAAGACAAAAGGAUUUAAAACAUUUCAAAGCAGGAGCCGAGAAAAAAGACAGCGUAGAUGAUGAUCAUACAAGGGGCAACGAGAUCUACAGAAUGCCACAUCCUAUUUGGUCAGAGCAAGAAGUUAAUACUGUAGAGAUUACACAUCAAGAGACAAAGACAAAAGUUGACAAGAUUGCCUAUGGCUGUGUGCAAUUCUUGAGGAUCGCAUUUGAUAUUGUUUCUCUCUAUAAAGUUGGAAAAAUGACAGAGAACAAGUGGUUGAAUCGUAUCAUUAUGUUGGAGACAGUAGCAGGAGUGCCUGGAAUGAUUGCGGCGAUGGCUCGUCAUUUUGAUUCACUGAGGAAACUUACGAGAGAUCAUGGAUGGAUUCAUACAUUGUUAGAAGAGGCAGAGAAUGAGAGAAUGCACUUAAUGACAGCAUUGGAGUUGAAACAACCAGGCGCUUUAUUCCGCGGAGUUAUAUUACUUGCUCAAGGUGUCUUUGUCAACUGCUUCUUUGUGGCAUAUAUAUUAAGCCCCAGGUUUUGUCACAGAUUUGUGGGAUAUUUGGAAGAAGAGGCAGUCAAGACUUACACCUACUGUUUAAAGUGCAUUGAUGACGGAACUCUUCCAGUUUGGAGCACAAGACCUGCACCAAGCCUGGCUAUUAACUACUGGAGGCUUAAAGAAGAUGCAGUCAUGCGCGAUGUAAUCUUAGCGAUACGAGCCGAUGAAGCUCAUCACAGAGUUGUAAACCACACUCUGAGCUCGAUUCAUCUCAAUGAAAAGAAUCCAUUCUCUCCAGGCCAAAAGAAGCUAUGACACAACAAACUAUACAUCACAAGAAUGGGUCCGACCUGUUGGAGAGAGGAUUUAAUUUAAUGACUUAAACAUUUGAUUAGUGUUUUUCAUAGCUAGGGUAAUUUCUGAGAAAGGAUUAUCGAAGGUGAAAGUUAAAAGUUUCCCAAACAAAAGAAGUUAAGGAUACUCUGCUCUGUGAACCUUGCCGGCUCGAUUCCUUUCUUGUUCCUAGAGUCCUCACAUGUAACGGUAAGUGAUAACGAGUGGCUCUGGGAACGAGAAUGCCUUGAUUCUCAUGUGGCCUUUGAAGGGCAUACGCAGUGAUAACCAUGGUUUAGAGAUCUAUCGUGAUUCCUAUGUCACUUCUACCGCAUCUUCUGUUGUUUUCCACCAUGCUGCUCUUGUGCGGCCACUCUAAGGUUACAUCUUCAUUAAUUUUUACCAUAAAUUUUUCUUUUUUUCACUUGAGUGGGUUCCCUUCACUUCCUCAGUCACGCACGUUUCAUUCAUUUCUUACGAUGCUUCUUCCCGACAUGGUUUGAUGCUACUCUAGUUUAAGGAUUUAAUUUAUGUAACCGAGAAGUUACAAUUCAUAGACCCAACGUUUCGACACUCCUGUUGAGUACCUUCAUCAGAAGU